UCUCGUUCCCCACUCCACACCUCUUCAUCAAUAGCCAUCAUGCAGGCCGCCCUGACCCAGCGUCUGGCUGCUGUGAAGCCCUCCGGCCGGGCCACCCGCCAGGUGACCCGCGCCUCUGUGGAGUGGUACGGCCCCAACCGCCCCCAGUUCCUGGGCCCCUUCUCCGGCAGCACCCCCUCCUACCUGAAGGGCGAGUACCCCGGUGACUAUGGCUGGGACACCGCUGGCCUGUCCGCCGACCCCGAGACCUUUGCCCGCUACCGCGAGCUGGAGGUCAUCCAUGCCCGCUGGGCCAUGCUCGGCGCCCUGGGCUGCGUGACCCCCGAGCUGCUGCAGAACAACGGCGUCGCCAGCUUCGGCGAGGCUGUGUGGUUCAAGGCUGGCGCGCAGAUCUUCCAGGAGGGCGGCCUCGACUACCUGGGCAACCCCUCCCUGAUCCACGCCCAGUCCAUCGUGGCUGUGCUGCUGACCCAGCUGACCCUCAUGGGCCUGAUUGAGGGCUACCGCGUCAACGGCGGCCCCGCCGGCGAGGGCCUGGAUGCCCUCUACCCCGGUGAGGCCUUCGACCCCCUGGGCCUGGCUGACGACCCCGACACCUUCUCUGAGCUGAAGGUCAAGGAGCUGAAGAACGGCCGCCUCGCCAUGGUCUCCAUGUUCGGCUUCUUUGUCCAGGGCAUUGUGACCAAGAAGGGCCCCAUCGAGAACCUGAACGACCACCUGGCCUCCCCCGAUGCCACCAACUUCUGGGCCAUCUACGCGCCCAAGUCUGCCGGGAUCGGGUACUAGUUGGACCACUCCAUCUUGGCCAUCACUGGCAGCCUUGGCACCGACUGGCGCCCCUUGAGGCGCCGCCCACACGGCAGCUGACGGCCGCUUGCCUGCGGGCCCGCCCCACGCGGGUGACUUGUACUUGCAAACAGUAAUGCUGGUUUGGAGGAUCCUCCACUUCUCCUCCCAUCAAUUCAUCACCCCAUGACCUUCCGCCACACAGCCACUGCCGCCCCCUCUUUGUAGCUUGCUUUCCCAGUUUCAUCUGGCUUGGGUGGGCCUUGAGAAGAGCUUCGCUUGUUAAAUUAGAUGUGCCCCCGCUGGAAUUUUGGCUGUGUCUGUGGUGCAAAGCCGUCGUCCCCA